AAUGACGUCAAUCGUACACUGGGUACGCUCGAGUCGCUUAGGUGGACAGUGUAGUUACAUCAACAUAAAGUGGAAUAAAAUGCCGCGGAUGUGUGUAAAUAGAGACGCCGCUUCAACGUGUUUAUAUUCGUCCUUUUAGUUGAGACGGGUCAGCUCCGAAGCAGGCGACGGCAGCGCUCGGUUCGGGGUUUAUCAGCAAUAUUUCAGGGAGAGGAGAGACAUCCUACAUACCGCAGCAGUUGCAUACAUCAGUCCCCGCUGAAUAAAAGAUGAACUGAGGACCUAUUCCACGGCACCACGUCCCAUAUCACUGCAGCACCUGCUCUUCACUCCUGCUGGCCUCUCAGAGCAAGAGUUAACAGUGUUGCCUCACCACACCUGAACACAGAAAUGCACAUGCAUGCAUGUCCUCGAAAUGCAUGACUGUGUUUGAGUGUGUUUCCGGUUCACUUCCAUACUCAUCUUCAGAGAAUUUUUUUUUCCACUUGACUGACUUCAACAUUUGUGUUCACAACUACAAAGCGUAAUGGGGAGGAAAAAGAUUCAGAUCCAAAGGAUCACUGAUGAAAGGAACAAACAGGUCACAUUUACAAAGCGAAAGUUUGGCUUGAUGAAGAAAGCCUAUGAGCUGAGUGUGUUGUGUGACUGUGAGAUUGCCCUGAUCAUCUUCAACCACGCCAACAAGCUGUUCCAGUAUGCCAGCACUGACAUGGACAAGGUCCUUCUCAAAUACACAGAGUACAAUGAGCCCCACGAGAGCCGAACCAACGCAGAUAUCAUUGAGACUUUGAGAAAGAAAGGUUUUAAUGGCUGCGACAGUCCAGAGCCGGACGGUGAAGACUCCAUUGACCAGAGUCCUCUAAAUGACGACAAGUUUCGUAAAACCACAGAGGACCUGGAUGUCCUCUUCAAACGCUACGGACAGACCGCCGCCCUGCCCCAGACCUUCUCCAUGCCAGUCACUGUCCAGGCGUCCAAUCAGAGCACACUGCAGUUCAGUAAUCCUGGCAGCGCACUGGUAACUACCUCCUAUGUCACCUCAACAUCGCUCACGGAUACCCACCUCCUGUCACCACAGCAACCGACUCUCCAGAGAAAUACAGUGUCUCCGGGGUUGCCACAGCGACCAGCCAGUGCAGGAGCUCUCCUCGGAGGGGACUUAAAUAAUUCAAAUGGAGGAUGUCCAAGUCCAGUCUCUAAUGGAUACACCAGCGCCAGGGCCUCCCCAGGUCUGCUCACCGUCUCCAACGGCAACAGCCUGGGGAAAGUAGUUCCGGCCAAGUCUCCGCCCCCACCACCCAGCCCGCAGAUGGUCAACAGCCGUAAGCCAGACCUCCAAGUCAUCACCUCACAGGGUGGAAAGAGUCUCAUGCAGAUGACAGAGGAUGAACUGGAAUUGGUAAACGAGAAUGCCCAGCGGCUGGCAGCAGGAGCCCAAGUGGCACAAACGCUCACCACGCCCGUGGUGUCUGUAGCCACACCGAGCCUCCUGGCACAGGGUUUGCCCUUCUCUGCCAUACCUACAGCAUACAACACAGAGUACCAGCUCACCAGUGCAGACAUCACUGCUUUACACGCUCUUGCGUCCCCCGGCGGCUUGUUGCCGACUAGUGUGUCCACCUGGCAACAACAGCAAGCUGUUUCCCAGCAACAGCCACAACAACAGCAACAACAGCUUAACCUUGCUUCUCUCAGCAACUUGGUCAUGUGGGGCGUGGACAAACAGAGCAGCGAGCUGUCUAGCCAAGUGUCCAGUCUGGCUGCAAAUCUGAGUGUUGGCUCUCCGUCCAACCUGCUCUUGGGUAGAGAUGAGUGGUUGGGCCGGCCGGUGACCCACAUACCUCAAGGCGCCAUGCUGACUGUCAACACAAACUCCAGCGUGAGCAUCAAGUCGGAGCCGGUCUCGCCCGGCCGGGAUCGGAGUACCCCCUGUCCUCCUCCUGCUCCACCCCCAUCAAGCACCCCAUCCUCCGUUUCUGGAGGAAGCAUCCUGACUGCUCCACCUCAGUAUCCGAGCUCCCUGCUCUGCCUGGAGCCCCCGACGGGCCGCUCGCCUGCAGACAGCGUAAGUAGCAACGCCAGCUCCUUUGAAGGUAGCGAUCGGGAUGAUGCCAGCGCUGCGGGCGGCGGCGGUGGUGGUUGCACUACUGGAGGUGGAGGUGGUGGUGGAGGAGGUGGCGCUACAGAGUUCCUCAGAGUGUCAAGUGAACCGGACCAGGAUGGAGGGAAUGUGAAGCGCAUGAGAUUGGAUGCCUGGGUCACAUAGGAGCAGCCUCUUUUUAAAAUACAGGGAAGUUUGGUUGACUCUUAAACACUUGCACCACCUUCAUUGAUUAUAGCCCCCCUCCCUGCCCCACUGCCAUGUGACACUAUCAUCACGCCUCUGCACCUGUCCUGCAUCAUAUGCCGUCAUUCUGAACUUGGAGGGCUUCGCCAAAAAAUAAUAAAAAUUUAAAAAAAGAAACUGGUUUGGAUAUCAAGCUCUGAGCUCAGCUGGAUUUGGCCCCUGAUUUAAGGGACUGUAGAUUUUUAAGGCCUUCUUGCUUGAAUGGACUCCUGUGUUGUGAUUUCUGAGGUGUUCGACCUUUUUGUUAUGCAAUUUGACGCAACCACAGAACAUUUUUCCCGUGAUUUCUCAGUGACUAUUCUAUUGACGUGGAGCCAGGACUUUGCUCCCAGCGGGGGAUUGGUGGCUCCUCGACUUUACGGGACACCUGCUGCAUGACGCUCCACUUCCUGCUCUCACAAUCCCACAUUGUUUCCAUUGAGUGCUGUCCAUCUUUUCCUGCAACUUCACCCUGGAGAAAUCUUGCGACUGUUCGGACUCUGACGGGUUUUCAUUUGGGUGCAGGGUUUCUACACAGCCUGGAAAAAUCUAAAAUUUGCUUUCCUUGUUUUCCAGGUCCAGGAUAAGAGAUUUGAAUAAUUAAUGUGCAUUUCAAGGCGUUAUUCUCCACCAUAAAUCUUUCCCCUAAUUCCUAACUGUCUUUCCUAGUGUCUUUUCUUUCUUGUGUCCUACUUCCUUCUUUGUGUCCUAUUUUCCUAGCUGCCUCCCUUUCUAGUGCCGUAACUCUGUUUCCUAUUGCUCUACUUUAUUUCCUUAUGUCCUUCUUUUUGUCUUACUUGCAUUUCUUGUGUCCUUUUUUGUGUCCUGGUUCCUUCACUCUUGGUGCACACUCUUUCCAUAUGUCUUUCCCCACUUUGAGGUGUUCAUUCUACACUCCUUGCUCCCUCUCUUCUUUUCCACUUCCUCUCUUCUGUCCUUUCCUUCCUGUCAGAUGUCUCCUUCUUUCCUUCCUCCUGUUUUUUCCCUGUUACAUAUUUAAACCAUACCAUCUGUAGAAACGUCUCUUUUAGAUGAUUAAUGGACAUCUGCAGGUUUAUGUUUCAAAAUUAACACAAAGGGCUGACAGCUCUGAUGUGGAAAAAUGUGGGAUUUUCCCAUGAAUAAUGUGUAGGAACCCUGUUGGUAGGAAUAUUGCCGCCAUGAUGAAAAACCUCCCUCAAACGGACCGGAGUCGAGCACCCUGCCAGAGUGCCAAUAUCAGCUCCUCUUGAUAACAAAUGCCAAAUGUCGCACUCAGUGGAGGGACACUGACUGCAGACUCUGUGUUCACCGAAGGGUUGCUCCUCCCGCCAUUCUUCACCUCAUCUCCUCCAGCUCCUGAUCAGAAAUCCAGCCACUCCCUCUUCUUUUCACCAUCCACUUACGAUGCAUAGGAACUUUAACGAGCCUCUUUUUGUUUCUUUAGUAUUUGGUUCUUCGGAGUCCAAGUGUUCUUUAUAUGUUGGUAUUUUAAACAUGUUUUGCAGGUCCGUUAUAGUCGUCCAGAGGUAGAAAUUCCGACUUUGUAUAAAAAAGAAAAAAAAAAGAAAAAAGAAAGGUAAAAAAAAA